AUAAUAUAUUAACCAAUGACAACACCAUACACCAUUAUAAUAUAUUUUAUAAAGCUCGUAUUCUCAUUCACUUUAUUUUAUGCUUUCCCACUGUCUUCUAACCCCAUCUCUUCUUCUUCUUCUUCAAUGUUGACCUCACAAGGGGUGGUCUUGGCCACUGCCAUGGCGGUUUCCGGCACGGUAAUUCUCCUAGCUCUCCGCCUCCAGAAGUCUCCCCCCAUCGUCCAAAUCCCCCAACAAUCUCUUCGACCCUGCAUCUCUCCAGAGGGGAAGAAGAAUAAGAAGAAAAAGAGGGUGCAAUUUGCAGAGGAUGUGGUGGAGCCGAGAGGGAAUAGCGGAAGCGAUACUUCUUCUUCGAUCAAGUUUAAGAAGACCAGCUAUGGUGGAGCUAAAGCUAAAGACAGAGGAACAAUGCCAGAGAACAGAGUGGCUCUGUACAAUGGGAUUCUCAGGGAUCGAGUGGUCCACCGUUUCUCUUACUCCUGCUACUGAUUUUGAUUUAGCUUCGUGUACAGAAUUUCUGUUCAACUUAUUUAAUUUCUCUGUAAUUGUAGUAAGUCCAUGUUUGUACAAAGUUUUCUCUUCUUUAUCUUUUCUGGGAAAAUUUGGUGAGAAAAAAAAGAAGAAAAGUUCAGGAAAAAUAGAAAGAUGUCUGGCCCACUGUGAUGGUAUUUCCUAUGUGAUGAUCUAACUUGCUUGUUCAAGACUUAAUUGAUUCCCCUGUUUUCUUUCCUCUC